AUGACUCAUUCAGAUUUCAAAUAUCUGCUUUUUCUGGCGAUUCUUGUCCAAAUUCCUUCCGCUAAAUGUCUUGCUUGCUACGCUUGUAUGGCUAUCAAUUAUAGACAGAACGUUCUUUCUCGAAAUGACGAGUUGCUGCCACCGCAGAGCAGAGAAAACCUUUCGCUCGUCAUUGAUUCGCUUAUUGAGCAUGAUUUCGGUCUAGUCGCUGUCUCUUCGAGCUGUGCUGAUGUCGCUCUGACAUCUCAGCCAUCAUUUCUCAAUUCUCCCAUUUCCAUCUGCGCACCGGAUGACAGAUGCGCCAAAAUGGAUUUCGUCUUUAAAGAAAUACGAAUUCAGUGGAUUUAUCAGAGCGAGCUAAUUUUCUCAAUUAUACUAUUAGUCUGUGCUUUGAAUGAGUUCUUCAUCAAUGCUCGAUUACCGCUUUCAUUGCUCAUGUCAAUUGGAUGCGUAUUGUUUUUCUUGUUAUACAUCGAAUUUUAUUUUGGAUUUACUUAUAAUUGGUAA